AUGCUGGUGUGCCGGCUCUGGAUGACCAUCAGCAAGGCUCUGUUUGCCGAGUUCCUGGCCACAGGACUGUACGUGUUCUUUGGCGUGGGCUCGGCUCUGAGAUGGCCCCUGGCGCUUCCCUCUGUGCUGCAGAUCGCCAUCACCUUCAACCUGGCCACGGCCGUGAUCGUGCAGAUCACCUGGAAGGCCAGCGGGGCCCACGUCAACCCUGCCGUGACGCUGGCCUUCCUCGUGGGCUCCCAGAUCUCCCUGCCCCGGGCUGUGGCCUAUGUGGCUGCCCAGCUGGCAGGGGCCACGGCGGGAGCUGCUCUGCUUUACGGGGUCACGCCUGGGGACAUCCGAGAAAACUUUGGGGUCAAUAUGGUCCGGAGCAGUGCCUCUACCGGCCAGGCGGUGGCGGUAGAGCUCAUCUUGACCCUCCAGCUCGUGCUCUGCGUUUUCGCCUCCACCGACAGCCGUCAGACCACGGGCUCCCCCGCAGCCACAAUUGGAGCCUCGGUGGCAGUGGGCCACCUCAUCGGGUUCUAUUUCACCGGCUGCUCCAUGAACCCAGCCCGCUCCUUUGGUUCCGCCGUCAUCGUGGGGAAGUUUGAAGUCCACUGGAUCUUCUGGGUGGGACCCUUGACGGGAGCCGUCCUGGCUUCGCUGAUCUACAACUUCAUCCUGUUCCCUGACACCAAGACCCUGGCCCAGCGACUGGCCAUCCUCACAGGCAGUGCGGAAAUGGAGAAAACGGAAGGGGAGGAACUCCAGAAAAAAGAAACCCAGUCCAACUCAGAGGACACUGAGAUGGAGACCCUAUCCACAGAAGCAAUCCUGAGGGGGAAACAUCCCAUUGCAGCACUGACCUAGGCCUGAAGAAGCCAUCUCCAGACUCAUCUCAGCUCUGCCGGGAUCUCCCAUAAGCUGCUGAAUAUGCCCCCAAGGAUGGUGGGAAGUCAGGAAUAACCCAGGAAACCAAGAUUUGCAAUUCAGUGCCUCUGAAGGACUCCCGGAGUCUCACCUAGUUGGUUAAUAUUUACAAGCUGCUAUAAAUCUACUCUGCCUAUGACGUGGGAUCCUGUCUGCAUCUCAGCUUCCUCAGCUGUAAAAUGGGCUGUACAAUUUUCCCCCAAGAUUGAUGUUAAA